CAUUAUUUAUUCACACAAGCAAGAACGCUGUUUUAAGUGCAUUAAAAUAAUGGUUUAUCACAUGCUUUGUUUUAUUAAAGUGCAAUUAAAUUAUUUUACCCGGUCAUACCUAUAAAAAGAAAAUCUGAGGCAGAAAAGGCUGCAACUAAACAGGCACUGGAUAAAGCCAGAGGACAAACUCGCGUAAACAUCGGUGGAGCAUUUGAACGGUGGAGACAACUGAGGGAGUUGAAGGGCCUGAAAAGCGAUGCCGAGGUUGCGGUCUUUCUGCUGAACAGCUACGAGAUGGAUCUAUCAACUUCCACGCCGGCGAAACACAGAUUGAUGAGACCCCCUCCCCCACCUGUCUCAUCUAUUGUUGCUGAGUCUCUGUCCGACCGAGAUGAUGACUUCUCAGUAGCUGGCGUUGAGGAGUUAAACAUUAGCUGCCCAGAGGAAACAGCUCUCCAGCAAUUGGAUGCAAGUAUGUCGUCGCUGGACAUAAGCAUUGAUGUUGUUGAUGCAGAUGAAUUUAAUGACAUUCGAAACUCCGUCAUUGACUGGGAAGAUGAAGACGUCACCUGGAAUCCUGAUAUGGACACACAGUCUGUGUCAUCAUUAGAAGAUGUAACCAGGGAACUGGACUCAGAUGAUGAUGACAGUGAUGAUGCAGAUUUUAGGCCUCGUAUUUGCGUUAGGACUGGUGGUGCUCUGAAAACUCCAAUUUGCUUGGAAUCACUGCCAGAAAUCAACAUGGAGGACACUGUGCAUGAUGCUACAGACAAUGCCCCAGAUAAAACUAUGGCUGACAUGCCAACACUCCCAGAAGCAGCAAAAGUCAUGGUCGAUGAUGAUAUUAUUGGCCAUCCUGCAUCCAUUGCUUAUCACGACAGCCUGAAGCAGCUUGCCGAGUAUCUCCUUCUCCCUGUCAGCAUGUGUUCUGCCAAGGACCCAAACAGUAAGGCUGAAUGCCGGGCACCUGCACCGUUUGAAAUCAAUGUCAGGUCCAGGGGAACAGCUGCUGUCGUUGAAUGGAUGUGUCCUCGUGGUCACACAGUUUGGAAGUGGGCUUCCCAGCCCAUUUUAAAAUAUGGGAUGCUAGCUGGAGACUUCAUGCUUUCCACUAAUAUCCUGCUGUCGGGCAACAACUACACCAAGAUCUCACUAUUGUUUAAGUUUAUGAACAUGGGGAUGGUGGAGAGGUCAACAUUCUUUAGGAUCCAGGACUCCUACUGUGUGGACACUAUAAAGGAGUUCUGGGAUGAGAAGAGAGCUGCAGUCAUCACCCAGCUCAAGUCAAAAGGGCCAGUUGUAGCCAUGGGAGAUGCUCGCAUGGAUAGUCCAGGAUUCUGUGCACAGUAUUGCACAUACAGUGUCAUGGACAAUGGAUCCAAACAGAUAAUAUGCAUGGUCAACAUCGACAAGCGUGAGACCAUGCGGAAUUCUGUUAUCAUGGAGAAGGAGGGCUUCAUGCGGGCAUUUGAUAAACUAUGUGAAGAACUCAACAUUGAAGAAUUCUGCACGGAUGCUCAUUCUCAGAUAUCAGCCCUCUUUUCAAUAAGUUUAUUGGUUUAUUUUGCUUUAGGAGAUUGUUUCAGCAAUAAAACUCUGUGCAUAUAGCCCCAUGCAACAAACUACACUUACAUUAUUAGGACUGGAAAAUGAUUUGGAUUACUACUUAGCAUAUAUCAUCAAUUACUUUUUUGUCUUUUAGAUAACAAAGGGAAAUAUAAAGACUGCGGCGUACGACACACCCUGGACAUGUGGCAUGGGUCCAAAAGUUUGGGGAAAAGAAUUCAUGCGGCAGGACAGCAAAGGGGGUGCACCAUCCUUCAGGAGUAAGGACAUCUGCAACCACUUCUGGACAUGUGGGCUGGACUACUUCACCAUGUGACAGGAGAACAUGCGUGGGCCCUUGGAGCCUGUCAGCAUGGUCCCUUGGUGGAGGACAGAGAGAAGGAGUGGAUCCAGAAGGGUUCUGUGGCACACCAGAGACUGACAGAAGUGGUGCUUGAUGCACGCUGGCUAAAGAGCAUACAC